GUUCACAAAUUUUUGAUAGUAUCAGGUUGAAAUUUCUUCUCCUCACCUGGACCUACGUCGCAAAUUUGACGCAAAAUCCACAGUCCUUUUGUAGUAAGUCCAUCGUAUCAAAAAUAUCCAGUCUUCAGAAAAGAAAAUUUACCUUAGGUCUUUUUGGGCAUCAGCUGCUGGAGUGAACAGCAGAGAUACGUUUUUCACAGUUAAUAUUAGAAAGUCUGACUUAAGCAAUCAGUAAUUAGCAAAACUGAUGGAAGGUAAUAAACACAAGAGAUUCUGCAGAUGCUGGAGAUCCAGAAUAAGGAGUUAAUGCUUCUGGCUGAGACCCCUCCAUCAGGACUGGAAGGGAAGGGGGAAGAAGCGUGAAUAAGAAAGUGGGGAGAGGAGCAAGAGUACAAGUUAGAAGGUGAUAGAUAAACCAGACACUUCUGAAAAAAUGAAUAAUCCAUCUGAGCAUAACAUCACAAGAAAAAGAAAGAAGGGAGAUGAGACUGGAGAGCCUUCUCUAGUCAAAAAAUGCAGAAAGCAAACAGAUUUUUUUACAGACGUAUUAAUAGAGGAACAACCUGAAGCAUGUCCACCUAAAAAGAAGAAGAGAAAAAAGAAGAUCUCGGAUGUUCUUGCAAAAUCUGCUCCAACACCUGCUACCCCUGCUGAUUUGCAGAAAAUGAUCACCCAGUACUUCCAAAGUGAACGUUCAGUAAUAGAACUUGAGGAGCUGAAAAUACCAGAUUCUUGCUUUCUUAAGAGCAAUGAUCUCACGCAUACUCCAUCCUCCUAUCUUAAACAAGUUUGCCCCAAGUGGGUGAAGUUGUCCAAGAACCACACCCAGAAUAAAUCUGUGCUGAUGUUGAUAAUAUGCAGCUCUGCCCUCCGAGCGCUCGAAAUGAUCAGGCUGAUCUCAGCUUUUAAAGGCAACUGUAAAACUUUAAAAUUGUUUGCUAAGCAUAUAAAGAUUGAAGAUCAGAUAAAAUGGCUUACUAAAGGAGUUUCCCAUAUUGGUGUAGGAACACCUGGGCGAAUUAGAGACUUGAUAGACCGUGACGAACUAAGUCUGCAGUCUCUGAAGUAUGUCAUCUUUGAUUGGAAUUGGCGUGAUCAGAAAUUGAGGAGAUUAAUAGAUAUUCCAGAGGUGAAAAAGGAAACAUUGAAACUACUGGAGACAAGUAUCAUACCGGUCAUUAAAAGUGGAUCUGCGAAACUAGGCCUCUUCUGACAUCAUUCAAUUAUGAUGGUUCUUGGUUUGUUUCUGACUGAACACACAAAAUGACAUUUGGAAUAAUUUCUUAGUUCAGAAUUGAAUAAAAUGUAUUAUUCAUAAUAACUUGUCUGAUUUUAUAUCCUUUUUGUGCUUUG